AUGAGUCUCAGCAAGCUGAUACAUUUUCUCUGUUUGGCUUUUCUUCGAAUAAAAAAUCGUGGUACUAAUCCUUCAUUGCUUUAGUACUUUUAAAUGCAUCCUGUGUAUAACAUACAUAACACGUCAGGUAAGGUGUAAAAUCUAGUAUUCCUUAAUCAAAAAGAGCUGUUUUUCUUACAAAAAAGAAAGAAAAAAAGAAAAGAAAAGAAAAAGCAUCUUUAAGACAAAAAAAAAACAAAAACGCCGCACCAGUGGUAGUGACGUAACGCAAUCGCACUUCAUUCUUCCAGUUGCUGGGAAGCGAACAAUCCGCGCUGCUUGGCUGGAGAACACGGCGAGUGCGCACGAAGAAAGUCUCCCCUAAACGGUCUCGUGAUGCCAGAAGCAACAGAUAACCGACCCCAAACACCUCAGAUUGGAGGAAGGAAUUGCGUGACUGUUUCUGAAAUAGAGCAGUAAACCUGGAGACACGAUUUUUACAAUAUGGAGAAUAUUUCAAACCCCGUCAAGACAAACUCACAAUGCAACUUCAGCAUGUACUUUUAUUACUAUAGUUCUCCCAACCGGUCUGAUUUAAACUGUACGCCACCGGCGGACUACUUCUUUUACGCAGAUCUGUACGUAGUUCUCCCAGUUAUUUACUCUGUGAUAUGUGCAGUGGGAUUAACCGGCAAUACAGCAGUUAUCUAUGUGAUAUUGAAGGCGCCUAAAAUGAAGACAGUCACUAACAUGUUUAUUCUAAACUUGGCAAUUGCCGAUGAUCUCUUCACGUUAGUUUUGCCCAUUAACAUUGCUGAGCAUCUCUUGCACUACUGGCCCUUUGGUGAAGUGCUCUGCAAAAUCAUUUUGAGCAUUGACCACUACAAUAUUUUCUCUAGCAUAUAUUUUCUCACGGUUAUGAGCGUUGACCGAUACCUGGUAGUUUUGGCCACGGUGCGCUCAAAACGCAUGCCGUAUCGCACAUACAGGGCAGCCAAAAUAGUCAGCCUGUGCGUUUGGUUGCUGGUGAUUCUAAUCGUGGUGCCCUUUACAGUGUUUGGAGGAGUCUACAUCAGCCCGGAGGACACCGAGCGAAAAAGUUGUGUGCUAAGUUUUCCCAGCCCAGAAGGUUUAUGGUUCAAAGCAAGCCGGAUUUAUACCCUCAUACUGGGCUUUGCCAUUCCCGUCUCCACCAUCUGCAUACUCUACACUAUGAUGCUGUACAAACUGCGCAACAUGAGGCUCAACACUAACGCCAAGGCGCUGGACAAAGCUAAAAAGAAAGUGACCAUUAUGGUGUUCAUCGUACUGGCCGUGUGUUUGUUCUGCUGGACUCCAUUCCAUCUCAGCACCAUCGUAGCUCUUACAACGGAUCUGGGCACCACGCCACUCGUCAUCGGUAUUUCUUACUUCAUAACAAGUUUGAGUUACGCAAACUCCUGCCUAAACCCAUUCCUCUACGCAUUCCUGGAUGACAGCUUCAGAAAAGCGUUUAAGAAGAUGCUAGAAUGUAGGGCUGGUUGAACACAGAGCAGAUGCUGCAGUUGUCUGUCUUCAAAGAGUACCGUUCCGUUGCUAAAGAGUAAAAUCGGGCAGCUGGCUUGAGCUGAUAGACUGAAACGUAAUUAAGUGGAUGUGGCAUCGAACGUCAGCAUUUGUCUCCCUCUUGUGCCAAUUAUGUGAACAUCUCUUUUAUCGAUGAGAGCUUCAAUCAUUACUAACUUUGCUAUAUUGCUAUAUAACUAUUAAGAUAACAAAAUAUCAUUGUCUAAACAACUAAGAUUUUUAAAGGAAAAUGCACGUGUGCAUACGUGUCUAUACUGAACUGUUGUCACCUAAACUUCAUUUGUAACCUAGUAUCAUUUCGAAAAAUCUAAAAAGAUAGAUGUAGAAAUAUUGUGCCCACAGUACACUGGAAAGCUUUCUAAUCGAAAGAUAUAUUUUCUCACAUUUUCUCACAGUGAAUCAUAUAGUACAUGGUGUUCAGGCUUUGGUAUAAAUAAAAUGGAUUACAUUGUUUGGUUUCAUUUGCUUUGUUGACAGUUGUAUAGGUCAAUAAUGAGAAAAAUGUCCCAGUAUUUAUCGGCAUUGUUUUAAAGUUUUGUU